AUGCUGCUCGAAAGUGUGGUUGAUCUCUGCCCGCCCUUGCUGGAGAUACGCGCGGUCGACUCUUGGGAGGGGUGUUGGGGCCUUGCCCUGUCGUAUAAGCACCCUAACAUUCCACUCGUGCCUCGCUACAUGCUAGGGCAAGAUCCUCACAAGUUAAACAAUCAAUAUACCCAACAUUCCGGCGUGCAAUACUACUGCACGAGGUUGUCGGCUAGUGGAAUUCGUUUUCUCUGAGGUGUGUUGCUGUUCCAGCGACACACCUUUUGUGAAUUGCUUUGGUGCUGGAUUGCUGUUUACCGCGCCCCAUUCGUUUGCAUUUGGACGGACAUACGAACAUGCAACCACAUCUCCCAACACUACCAUACGUCGUCGUUCAUCUAGCUAACUUGCUCCUUCUCCCGACUGUUCUAGUAUGUCUAUCCAAUUUUUUCUUAUUUGUCGUA